AUGUACCAGUUAUAUGGUUUUAACAACAGAGAAAUCUUUGGCCCUGGCUAUGAAACAAGAACCACGUUUAUGGGAGGCAUCAGUAACCAGGAUGUCAGCCUGCAGCUGACAGGUUUGACUGAGAAUGACAGUGGGACUUACAACUGCUAUGUGUCUGUAUUUGGUGAUGGGGAUGAUCAGAAAACAACAGAUAUCUCAGUUUUAGAUCCCCCCGGUACCCCAACCCUGUCUCUGAGCCCAACCCAAGUGUGUGAGACACAAAACCAGGAUGUCCAGCUGACCUGUACUGUGACGUCAGGAACUACACCCUUCACCUACACCUUCCACCGCGAAGACACACAACUGGCAUCAGAUGGUUCCGCCAGCCUGACUCUGCGUAAUGUUGACAGAGUUCAUGCAGGAACGUACACCUGUACUGUCUCCAAUGUGCUGGGUCCAGACUAUUCACAGACAAGCAGUGAACAGUCAGUGGUGGUACAUUAUCUUGACACCCCCCAUCUGACCCCCAGUAGCCCAGUGACUGUAGUAGAGGGCGAUGACCUGAGUGUUGUGUGUAGUGUGACCUCUGACCCAGCCUCGCCCACCUUACAGUGGGGUAGAGGUGGAAAUGAUGAACCAACAGGAGCAACACUGAGGAAAACCCCUGUCAGUCGGAGUGAUGCAGGGACGUACACUUGUACAGCAACAAACACGUGUGGAACAGGGUCAAGGUCAUCUUCAGCACAAGUGGUGGUGGAGGUACAAUACCCCCCAGACGAAACCCCCACCUGCACAGUGACUGAAUCAGGAAACAACAUUGUCCUGAGAUGUGAGCUACAGGGGGGAAACCCAGCUGUGGACCUGGUCUGGACAUACGGGAGUGGUCAGCAGGCUGGGACCUCACAAAUGUCUGUGAACCAGGUGAACGCACCUGUAACAGCUGAUGGAACAACUUACACCUGUACAGCUACAAGUGUGGCACUGAAUCCGGGAGGGACCUGCUCCGUUACCCUCACCGCCCCAUCAGUGACAGUGUCUCCCCAGCCGACCUCCACAGUCCUGCUGGGUACGGCCAGUCACAGUCUCACUUGUACUGUGGACUCACCUGGUGUCCCAGCAGCCUCUGCGCUCACCUGGACCGGCCCAGCUGUGACGGCAGGUAGGACAACAGGUGGGACCCUGACCACGCCCAGUCUGACCAUCUCAGGUGUGCUGAAGACUGACGCAGGAGACUACACCUGCACUGCUACGAACCUGGUCGGGGAUGGAUCGGACUCUCUCAGUCUGGUGGUGCACUACCCUCCAGAGCUGACCGUAACCGCUACCCCUAACCCCGUGAACGAGACCCAGUCCGUCAGCCUGACCUGUACAGCAGACAGUAACCCUGGCGUCACCUCCAUGACGUGGGUGUUUGUGGAGACAGGAGAAACUCUGAUACAGCAGACUACAGGAAACUCUCUCACCUACACCAGCAGUUCUGUGAGCCAUGAAAAUGCAGGAGUCUACAGAUGUACAGUUGACAAUGGUGUGGUGGGAUCACCCGUGGACAAAGACCAGGCCCUUAAUGUCAACUUUGUUCCAAUCUUCAACCACACAAGAGAAGUUUACGUCAUUCAAACAUCCCAGCCUGUCACACUGGAGUGUUCUGCCUUCGCCUACCCGCCACAGAUAGUCUACACGUGGAUGAAGGGUGGAUAUGACAUCACUGGUAAUGCCACCAGCCAGGAUGGAGUCAGCACACUGUACAUAGCAAGUGUAGAGAGGGAAAACUAUGGGGACUACACAUGUAAAGCCAGGAAUGGACAUGGACAACGAUCUACUGUUAUUCAAUUGGCGGAGGAAUCCCAACCAGAGGCGCCCAAUAAUCUGGAUUACACCAAAAAGACAGCGGCAGGCGUGGUCACCUUGACAUGGACAGCGGGGUUUAACGGUGGACUGGAGACGACCCACACUGUACAGUACAGGCUGGAAGCCACUACAGACUGGGUCAGCGGGCCAUCAGUAGUGGAGGCGGUUUCACAGAACAGACCUGAGUUUACCCAGACUCUGGAGUUGUCUGAGAAGGGACAGUACGAAAUCCGCAUCCGGGCACAGAACAGCCAGGGAGCUGUGGGGUCAAAUGUCAUCCAGGUUCUCGUGGAAGAAAACCAGAUCCUGUAUGGAACCUUAGCCAUCGCCAGUGUUGAUUACACCGAGGGGAUUUGUGACGGAGAGCUUUCUAACCGUGUAGUGACUCAGCUGGACUCUAUAUUUGACAGCUACAAAGGCUAUGAAGGGGCAGAAGUCACCGGAUGCAGAUCCGGCAGCGUCCUUGCAGAUUUUCAGGCCAUUGUGGCCCAGUCUGAGUCGGCUGCAGCCCAGACUUCGUACACUCAGGAACUGGCAGAUGGACAGCUGGGGGAGUUCACUGUGGAUCUUUUGAGCAGUAGGAUCAGUGACACCCAAAGUACAGGCGAGAUUUGUUACUUCUUAUCAUGAUUGAAAAGACCUAGAAAUAGUAUGUGUAUAUAUCCCGUAUGUAUCGGUCUUGUAUAUAAUUCUCUAACUUCUGUCAGUGGCGAGCCUUUAGUUGUAAUUUGUUUCCCACUCUAAAAACAAAUGAAAAUUAUCGUAAAAGAAGUCAUGAAGUGAACUUCAAUUUACUCCUUAAUUACUCCGUGAGGGCAGGUCAAAUUGUCAUUUGGGUUGCUUAAUGAUUGUUAUCAAAUGCC